AUUGAAUCGAAUAUGAAUGCUCAUUCACGUAGAAAGAUAGCUCAUUUAGAAGUUCCUGAAUUCCAAGAUAACUAAACAAUGAUUGCAUAUGCGAAAUGCUAAUAUUGUUUAGGUGAAUGUUUUGGUUGUUUAAGGACAUGGAUUCCUUGUAUAUUUUGUAUGUGUGUUAACUAUCCAUAUUAAGAAGUGGAAUAAGGUUAAUAAUUUUGAUAGAUAAUAAUAUAGGAACUGAAGGAUUGUUCAAAAGAUUUGGAAGACAUAUAAAAGUAGUUAGACCAGGAUUACAUUAUGUUAAUCCAUGUACAGAUACAUUAGAAUAAUUAGAUUUAAGAAUAACAGUUAUUGAUUUAGAUAGAUAAGUAUUAUCAAAUAGUUAAUAUUUAUAUAGUCUGUAAUGACAAAAGAUAAUGUAACUAUUUCUAUAGAUGCAUCAGUUUAUUAUAGAAUCAAAACAUCUAGAUUUGCAGUAUAUAGAGUAGAGAACUAUGAUUAAGCAGUUCGUUAAAUAACUUAUGCGGUUUUAAAAAACACAGUAGGAUCGUUUGUACUUUAAGAUUUACUAGAGAAAAGAUAGGAAGUUGCGGAUUAAAUUGAGGAUUAAGUAGAUGAAUAUGUAAAAGAUUGGUAUAUAGAAUAAUAAUUAUUUUUAUAGGGGUGUUUUAAUUGAUAAUAUAUAUAUGAAAGAUAUUUAAUUAUCACCUGAUCUUUAAUAAGCACUUGGUUCAGCAGCUACUGAAUAAAGAUUAGCUUAAGGAAAAUUAAUUAGUGCUAAAGCAGAUGUAGAAUCAGCUAAAUUAAUGAGAUAAGCAUCAGAAUUCUUAGAUUCUAAAACUGCUAUGUAAGUUAGAUAUUUAGAAACAUUACAACAAUUAGCUGGUAGUAAUGGAACUAAGGUUUGUUUUGUACCUGAUGAAAAAAAUUAAGAUAAAUUAAUGCAUCAAAUAACUUAAGGAUUGUUAGCUUGA